GUCCUCCUCAACCAAUACACCCGCGGAUUCGGACACCUGAGACUCGUGAACGCCUUAAGCAAACUGUACUCAAAGCUGGUCGGCCGUGAGAUUAAUGCCCAGAAGGAGGUGCUGGUGACUGUCGGCGCCUAUGAGGCCCUGUUCUGUGCCUUCAUGGGUCUCGUGAACCCGGGCGACGAAGUCAUUAUCAUUGAGCCCUUCUAUGACUGUUACGAACCCAUGACUGUUAUGGCCGGCGGAAUACCCGUCUUUGUGCCGCUCAGACCCCAACCGGUGUCCGGCCGACCCCUCACUAGUAAGGACUGGGUGUUAGACCCGGAGGAACUGGCGUCUAAGUUCAGCCCCAAAACCAAAUUGAUUGUCGUCAACACACCCAACAAUCCGUUAGGAAAGUUGUUUUCCCGCGAAGAGCUUAAAAUGAUCGCCGAUUUGUGUAAAAAAUACGAUACGAUUGCACUCAUGGAUGAGGUGUACGAAUGGGUGUACUAUAAGGGAGGGGAACACAUCAGAAUGGCCUCGUUCCCUGAUAUGUGGGACCGAACCAUAACUAUAGGCAGUGUGGGCAAGACAUUCAAUGUGACCGGUUGGAAAUUAGGCUGGGCGUACGGACCCGAGAACCUGAUACACCCGUUACGGCUAUUGCAUCAAAACACGGUCUACACGUGUGCGACACCACUGCAAGAGGCGGUGGCCGUUGGGCUCGAGACGGAGAUCGAGAGGUUGGGCGCAGAGGACUCGUAUUGGAAGGAAUUGCCGGAAAUGUUGGAACCAAAGCGCGACCGAAUGGCCUCAUUCUUGGCGUCGGUGGCCAUGAACCCCACGGUCCCAGAGGGCGGGUAUUUCAUGAUCGCCGACUUCGCACAACUGGCCGACAAACUAGACCUAUCGUCCGAAACCGGUACUAAAGACUAUAAGUUCGCCAAAUGGCUCUCAAAGACGAAAAAACUUCAGGGAAUACCUACCAGUGCUUUCUACUCGAAACAACACAAGCAUUUGGCCGAGAAUCUGAUCAGGUUUUGUUUUCUCAAAAAAGAUGAGACUUUAGAAAAAGCCGAACAAAUAAUCAAUGAUUUAAAGCGAAGCUUAUAACAACCAGUGAUCGUAUGGGAGGAAUGGUGUGUAGCAUUGGGUACUGUGUCUAAGAAGUGGUAUGCGAGCGCUGGUUGGCUGGCUUUGGACCAGUUUUCAGUCUGGUCGCAGCGCCAAUCGCCGCAAUUCUCGUUCAGUCCCAACCAGAACCAGGGCUAUCAGCCGCCGGCACCCCAGGCCCAGCCACAGCCCUCACAGUCACAGCCCAGCCGACCGGCCGCCCAAUACACCGGCAGUUUUAAUUGUCCCCAAGAUUUCGGUUUCUACCCUCACGUCAAGAGUUGCGACAAAUACUGGGCCUGUGAUAACGGCACCGGUACUUUGAAGACUUGCGGCAAUGGAUUAGUGUUUGACGACUCGGACGCCAAGCGCGAGAACUGUGCCUAUCCUUUCUCAGUGGACUGCGGCGAUCGAUCCGACUUAGAGCCACCCAUAAGUACACCCCAUUGUCCGCGACUGUACGGCAUCUUCAGCGACCCGUCCAACUGCCGGGUGUUCUACUCGUGUUGGAACGGCGAGGCCUCGAAGUACGAGUGCCCGCCCGGCCUGGCCUACGACGCCGACCAGCGCGUGUGCGUGUGGGCCGACCACGUCGACCGGUGCGACUCGUCAGACCCGACUGAGACCGACCAGCCCGGCCACUACACCCGACACGCCCACCCCACUGACUGCCGAAAGUUUUACGUCUGCAUAGAGAGUGUCGCCCGACCUUAUGACCCGACUGAGACCGACCAGCCCGGCCACUACACCCGACACGCCCACCCCACUGACUGCCGAAAGUUUUACGUCUGCAUAGAGAGUGUCGCCCGACCUUAUGGCUGCAGUAUAGGCACCGUAUUCAACGUGGAAUCGUUGCAAUGCGAUGAUCCAGAAAACGUACCUGGAUGUGAGAAAUAUUAUGGAGAUCUCGACUCAAAACAAGUGAAAAAAUUGCAACGCGACGGCGGACGCAACUAAUCAUGUAAUACAUAAAAUAAGUUAUAAUUAAAC